AUGAGUUCAAAAAAUUAAAUACCACCAACGGCAGGCGAGAUUGGCUCAGAGUCUAGUAUGUAGAUUAAGACAGUCCUAUAGUAACCUUUGGAGCUUAAGCAACAGAUAGAUAAUUGGAUUCCAAAGGUUCUUUUGCAUAUGGAGGCCCAUUUCAAAACUAGGAAAUUGACCAAGAAAGCAGCUGGGAGGAAAUAAGGACCUGAGUCAGGGAAUCCCACUUCAAAAAACCUGCCUCUCUAAUUUUCAUCCCAAUCAGAAACUAUAGUUAUCAAUUAAUCAGUUGUAUUAAUUUGA